UCAUUCGGUCAGCAGCUCAUACAUCCCUAGUUUGGCACAUUGCUCUCAGGGGACAUAUAUUGAGGGUUAUUUUUAGUCUGGGAAUAAAAUUCACUUUGACAAUUCAGAAACAACUGCACUAAGUCUCACACAAAAGCUAUUUUUUGAGCCCUUUUUUUUUUUUUUUUUUUUUUGAUAAAAUUAUUAAUAAGUCUGUUGUUCUGUCCAUCUAUCUAUCUAUCUAUCUAUCUAUCUAUCUAUCUAUCUAUCUGUCUACCUACCUACCUACCUACCUUCCUACCUACCUAAUAAGAUGUGUUUGUGGGAGGAGGAGGAAAUAAAGAGAGGCAGUAGAAAGGAAAAGGAGAGAGAGAGGUCAUCAUUUGGUGCAGGCUGUUGUGUAGAUGAGGACACGCAUGAGCUGAGUCCUCCACACCGGCAAACUCUCCUCACAGAAGAGCAGCGGACUCACUGUAACCGCCUCACGUAAUACUGUAUCGCAGUUUCCGCGUGUCGGUGAUGUUCAUGGUUAUUAAUAGGCUGCAUUGGUCUUCCGUCAGUUUCUUUGGACCAUUCAGAUCACCGGAUCAGAUGCGAGUGCGCAGUUUUUGAGGUGACAGUACUAAGAACGCUCAAGAUUCAAUUCAUACGGCUCAAUUUGAAAGCGGACCGGAACCGGAGGCGAUAUUAAUGGAGCCGUGCACGUCUUGUUGAGGAUCCAUCUGCACUCGUCCUCAAUGGUCACCUUCUGUCCGAGCCUGUCUUUCUGCUUGCUGCAGUCCGCAUCAGAGGAUGUACGCGGAGGGAAGCACGCCAGACACUGAGCCAGACGCGUGCCAGAAGAAGACAUCAUGCUUCUCCAACAUCAAAAUAUUCCUCAUAUCAGAAUGUGCCUUAAUGUUGGCACAGGGCACUGUAGGAGCCUAUCUGGUCAGUGUCCUCACCACGCUAGAACGACGCUUCAACUUGCAGAGCGCUGACGUGGGUGUGAUCGCCAGCAGCUUUGAGAUUGGCAACCUUGCCCUCAUCUUAUUCGUCAGCUACUUUGGGGCCAGGGCGCAUCGGCCGCGGCUGAUUGGUUGUGGGGGCAUCGUGAUGGCGCUGGGAGCGUUACUGUCAGCACUGCCUGAGUUCUUGACCCACCAGUAUGAAUAUCAGUCUGGAGAGUCACGACCUGUGGGACAGGGACAGAACGUGUGCUCCAAUAACAGUCGAGCAGAUCUCUCUGAUCCUAGUUAUAUCUGUGGGAAUAGAACCAAUACCAACAUGAUGUACCUGCUGCUGAUCGGAGCUCAAAUGCUUCUGGGGAUUGGAGCGACACCCCUGCAGCCGCUGGGUGUGUCUUACAUCGAUGAUCAUGUCAGGCGUGAAGACUCCUCCCUUUAUAUUGGUAUCUUAUUCUCUACACUGGUCUUUGGACCAGCCUGUGGUUUUAUUCUUGGCUCUCUGUGCACCAAAGUUUAUGUUGAUGCAGUCUUCAUUGACACAAGCACGCUGGACAUCACUCCUGACGAUCCACGCUGGAUCGGUGCCUGGUGGGGCGGCUUUAUCAUAUGUGGCCUUUUCCUCUUCCUCUCCUCGUUUUUCAUGUUUGGGUUCCCGCAGUCGCUGAACGAGCCUGGGGAGGGUCCGGGGGGUGAAAGCGAACAGGCCAUGCUGCCUGCUGAGCUGGUGCAGGAGUAUGAAGGAGUCAAAGCCUCAGAUGACCCAGAGAUCAGCACUGGCCUCACCUGCUGCCAGCACCUGCAGGUUAUCCCUAAGGUGACUAAGCAUCUGCUGUCCAACCCGGUUUUCACCUGUGUCAUUCUCGCUGCCUGUAUGGAAAUCGGCGUGGUCGCUGGAUUUGCUGCCUUCCUAGGGAAAUAUCUCGAACAGCAGUUCAACCUCUCAACGUCCUCUGCCAAUCAGCUCCUAGGUAUGACAGCAAUCCCCUGUGCUUGUCUGGGUAUUUUCCUGGGUGGCCUCCUGGUGAAAAAGUUGGAUCUGUCUGCAUUAGGGGCUAUUCGUCUGGCCAUGCUAGUCAAUAUCAUCUCUACGGCCUGCUACGUCUCCUUCCUUUUCCUUGGCUGUGAUACAGGCCCAGUCGCCGGGGUUACUGUUGCCUAUGGCAACGAGAGUCUAGGUUCAUGGGAGCGGACGGAGGCCGCAUGUCUGUCAGGCUGUAAUUGUUACACGUCUUCUCUAAGCCCCGUCUGCGGUUCCAACGGCAUCACCUACCUCUCAGCCUGCCUGGCUGGCUGCACUAGAGGCAAUCUGACAGGCUGUAAGUGCAUCGCCCAAGGCGACGGGCCCGGUACAGCCACACCGGGGAAGUGUUCCAGCCCAGGCUGUCAGCAGGCCUUCCUCACGUUCCUAGCAGUCGUGUGCUUGUGCAGCAUGAUCGGAGCCAUGGCUCAGACUCCAUCCGUCAUCAUCCUGAUCAGAACUGUGAGCCCAGAGCUGAAGUCUUACGCCCUUGGAGUUCUUUUCCUGUUGCUCCGGCUGCUAGGUUUCAUUCCUCCACCUCUGAUCUUUGGCAUUGGGAUUGACUCCACCUGCCUACUGUGGAGCUCGGUGUGCGGCAUUAAAGGGGCCUGCAUGCUUUACGACAACAUCACCUACCGCUACCUUUACGUCAGCAUCGCCAUCGUUCUCAAAUCCAGCGCCUUCAUUCUCUACACCAUCACCUGGCAGUGUCUGCGUCAGAACUACUCCAGGUACAUUAAGAACAGUGAGGACUAUCUGACCCCAAGCCAGCUGUUCGCCUCCAACCUCACCCUGGACAACCUGGGGAAGGACAUUGUACAGAAUCCUUCCAACCGCACCAAGUUCAUUUACAACCUGGAUGACCAUGCCUGGAGCGAGAACAUGGAGUCAGCCAUAUAGUCCCACCCCAAAGAGGGCCAGCUGGCCUAUAUGCACAUGCUAAUUUAGUCUCAUAAUGCUUUUAUUGAAAAGAAAGUCCAUGUAAGCCGAUUUCUGCACAUUCCCGCUUGGGAGAAAUGGGCACUCUUUUAGCGUAUCCAGGGUGUUUUAACUAAACAGAGCCAAAUGAAUUUGACUGUUACUGUAGUCAGGACUUGUAUAUGCUGGAUAUAUGAUAUGCGGAGAUGAAAUGCAUUUAUCAUAUUAGGGGACGUAUUAGGUUGCAGUUCUAAAACCGAACAAUUAAGGCCCGUUCACACCAAGGAUAACGAUAAUGAAAAAGACAUUGUUCUAAAAAUCGUCAGCAGAGUCCACGCCACAACUAUAACGAUAACUAGAAACGAUAUCGUUGGAAUCACUGUCAGAGCGAUUGUUUUCCAGCUGAUGAAUGAUAAAAACACUGACAUCCAUCCUGCUUCAAAGAGCUUAAACGUUUAAAGCGGCAGACGACAAAACUGCAGCGUGCGCUUAGAAUAAACAGAACGAUAUCGUGCGUUGGUGUGGAUGCUAAUAUAGUAUUAUAUUUAUAGUUAUCGUUCUUGGCGUGAACGAGCCUUUAAUCUUCCAUCAGUCAAAACUAGCCCCAGCUUACAUAUAUAAGCACCUUUUUUAGGUUUCAUUUUGGAUGGUCUUUUUAGUAUUUUUUUAAAAAAUGUAAAGAAUAUUAGCAUAUGAGUUCUAUGAAUAUUAGCUAAUUUGUUUACUUGAAUAUUGUGAGGCUCUAAUCAGUCUAUUUUUAUGGAGGGUCUUAGAAAGCUUGAUGUUAUUACUCAAUCUCUCCUCUGUACAGUCAUUAGACUAUAAAAGACAUAGAUACAAGUGCAGAGUUCACACAAGUCAUGUAACCUAAUAAUCAACCUAAAUGCAUAAUAGUGAACAUAUUAGGCCCGUGUCUGUGAAAAUGUAUAGCUUGAAUAGACAAAAGGUUCAUUAGUUUUGUGAUGCCUUGUUAUUUGUCAUCUGCAGUGGUCCUGGAGCAACAUCUAAAGCAACAUGUAACAUUAAUCAGUAGUUGUUAUCAAGCAGAGGACACUGAAGGACGGAAAGAUGGAUUUAUUUCAAUGCAUGCAGGUUGCAUUGCAUGUUGAUGCAUCAGAACAGGCGCAUGGGAAUUUUAGGGGAUACGUUGUUUUGGAGAAGGUAGACAUUUCCCUUCUAUUACUCCAGCAUCUUCUUAAAUGGUGUUUUAUACAGUGUGCGCAGAGUUAUUAAUGGCAUUAUGGCGCCUUGUAUACUUUUUUUCUUCCAAGCGAAUUCCUUAAACAUAUUGAACGGAUUGGAAGACCAAAUACAAGGAUUAACAAAGUUUUACAAUAGUAAAACAUGUUUUUUUUUUUCCUUUAGCAAACGUUGCAAUAUAUAAAACAAGGAAAUAAACAUAAGGAAAUUAUUUGUGAACUACUAAAAUAUAAAUCUGAGCGACACUAAAUAAUUAUAUGAACAAAUAUUUAAAAAUAGAGUUAAUUCAUACAUUUUUGUAUGGCAUUGGACCUAAGAAUUUGUUUCAUAUACUUAUGAAUUAUUUUCUAUGCUUUUUCUAAAAAAAUAAAUUAAAAAAAAAAAGUACAAAAAAAAAAAAA